AUGACUUGUGCUAAUGGCAGGCCUGCUCGCAAGGUGUAUGAUGACUCAGGUUGCUGUUAUGACUACGAGUGCGAAUGUGUUUGUGAAGUUGUAAACGUCUUGCAUCAUGUGACUUUCGAUGGAACUUCUUACAUAUAUAGGGGAAAUUGCACCUAUGUGCUGGUCCAACAGAUCAACAACAAGUAUGAUGAUUUCCGCAUUUACAUCAAUGAACAGCAGCAGAAGCUAGAAAGAGAUAUUGGAUCUCAGUCUUUGUGGAUAUUCUACAAGUCCAACUCUGUGUAUUUGACACGAGAGCAGAAUAUAAACAAGGUGUUCCUCAAUGAUCAUCAGGUUUUUGGAUCAGUAAAUAAAGAUGGUUUCAAGGUGUAUACCACUGGCAUACUGGUGUAUGUAGAAAUUCCAUCAUUCCAGGGCCUUAUUGUAUAUGGUGGGACAUUCUCACGUGUCCAAUUACCAUACAAAUUGUUCUUUAACAACACCGAAGGACUAUGCGGUACCUGCACUAACAACCAAAAGGAUGACUGUCAUUUGCCAGAUGGCACAAUUUCAGCCUCCUGCACUGAAAUGCCUCCAUAUUGGCUGACUUCAGAUCAGAACAACACAGUGUGUGCACCAGAAACCAAACCAACAGUCCCACCCACUUCAACUACUACAUCACCCUCUAAAACGACUGAAAUUUCCAAGUGCAUACCUCAACUCUGUGAGCUUAUGAACAGCGAUGUAUUUGCAGAAUGUCACAAACUGCUGCCUCCUGAUGCUUUCUACAAUAUAUGCAAAGCAGAUGGAUGCCAGGUCAAUACAACUUCACUAGAAUGCAGCAACUUGCAGAACUAUGCCUCAAUGUGUGCAGAGCUGGGAGUCUGCAUCAACUGGAGAAAUUACACUGAAGGAAAAUGCUUGUUUCCUUGCCCCGCAACAAAGGAAUACAGAGCUUGUGGACCACCUUCAGAAGUCACUUGUAACCAUAGAUAUAAUGAGGAAUUUGUCACUAAAGAUCACAAGGCGAUAACCAUAGCAGAAGGAUGCUUCUGUCCUAAUGGAACUACACUGUUCAAUUCCCAGACUGAUACCUGUGUUUCAUCAUGUGAUUGUGUUGGUCCUGAAGGUGAACCAAAACAGCCUAAUGAAACAUGGCAAAGUAAUUGCCAUCAGUGUGUCUGUGACAAAGAAUCCAUGAGCAUUCAAUGCAAGCCUUUGCAAUGCCCUUUGCUGCCAGUGCCAUCUUGUAAUAAGGAUGGUCAAGUUCUCGUCACUGAGCCAAUGGUGAAUAAUUCCUGCUGCAAUGUGUCUAAAUGUGAAUGCAAUAUAAACUUUUGCUCUCAUGCUGUGAAAAGCUGUGAAGCUGGAUACCAGCUGGUGGCCAGGACUCCCACUGAUGGCUGCUGCCCUGUAUAUGACUGUGUGCCCAAGAAAGUCUGUAUCUUCAACAACACUGAGUAUCAGCCAGGAGCUACAGUACCUUCAUCUAUCUGUGAAGAAUGCAAGUGCAGCUCAGAGAUUGAUGCAGACACCAAACUCUUCAAGAUUGACUGUAAUACAAAGAAGUGUGACAAGAACUGCCAUGCUGGUUUUACUUAUCAGGAUGUCGUAGGGCAGUGUUGUGGACGUUGUGUGCAGAUUGCUUGUAUUUUUCCAAUGCCAAGCUCUGCUAACAAUCCUGGAAGCACAAAUGGCAAACCCAAAAACAAUAAUGACAAUUCAAAUGACAGUAACAACUACCCUAAUGACAAUAACAGCAAUCCCAACAGUGAGAGCAGCAAUCCAAAUGGUGGCAACAAGGACAAUCCGAAUGGCAACACCAACCACCCUACCGGAAACAACAGCAAUCCCAGCAGCAAGAACAGCACUAAAAAUGAUAAUAAGCCUGAUGACAAUGACAACAAUCAUGAUGGUAGACCUAAAGAAAACAACAAUUCAAAUGACAACAGUGGAAAUCCCAAAGGUACCUUUGACAAUCCAAAAAGCAACAACAAUAGUGCAAAUGGAAAUGACAACCGUCCUACUGGAAACACCACCAGUCCCAAAAGUAAGAAUACCACUAAAAAUGAUGACAGAAACACUGAAGGCAACAACAUCAAUCAGGAGACUAAAUCAAAAGAAAAUGAUGACAACCCAAAUGACAAUAAUGGAAAUCACAAGGGUAUCAAUGACAGUCCAAAUGGACACAAUAACAAUAGUAAUCCAAUUUACAAUAAUCCUAAUAACAAUAAUGAAAAACCUGAUGAAAAUAAUAAACAUCCAACUGGCAAUAACAGCAGGCCAAUUGAUACAGAAACCAGCAACAGUAGCAUGCUCUAUGUCCUCAUGCCAGGACAGACAGUGACAUUUCCUGGAGAUAACUGUACCCAUUAUGAGUGCUACAUGAUUGAUGGCCACUAUGUUUCAAUAUCAUCUAAAAAGUCUUGCCCUGAGUUCCAUCCUGAGGAUUGUCUGCCUGGAACCAUUCGCUUAACCAGUGAUGGCUGUUGUCAGACUUGUGAUGAAAAGCCAAAACAGUGUAAAGUGCACAAAAAUACAACCUAUAUAACUCAUGAAGGCUGUCAAUCACUCAACCCGGUGGCUGUGUCAUCUUGUGAAGGAGCCUGCAACACUUAUUCUAUGUACUCAUCAGAAGCUAAUGCCAUGGAGCACAAGUGCAGCUGCUGUCAAGAGUUGCAGACAAGCUUCAAGAACACCACCCUAAAGUGCUCCAAUGGGACAAUUUUCAGCUACUCCUACAUCUACGUGGAAGAGUGUAGCUGCAGGGAUACCAGAUGUGAGGCAAAAGAUCAUUUCUGGUCUGGUGUCACAGCAAGCAUAACUGAGGAGGAGAAAAAGAAUGAUAGGAAAACAGAGGGCCAGCAGAAUAAUAAUCAGACAGACAAAGGAAAGUUGAAGGAUAAAGAUAGCACUGCUGUAACCAAGAAAGCAACACAAAAUACCUAAGAAUGAAAGC